AUGUAUCGGUCAUUCAAUAUUACCAAGAGUUUCGCCAAAAGGGCAAAUAUGUUCUUCAAAGGUCAACAAAGGCGAAACCUUGCAAUUCAUGAAUAUUUGUCCAUGGAUCUUUUAAACAAAUACGGCAUAAAAACACCUAAGGGUGGAGUUGCGAAAACUCCGCAAGAAGCGUAUGAUGUAGCGCUGAAUCUAGGCAAAGAAGAUGCCGUCAUUAAGGCUCAGGUGCUCGCCGGGGGUCGCGGUAAAGGCACCUUCGAAAAUGGGUUCAAAGGUGGUGUGAGAACUGUCAACUCACCUGGCGAGGCAAAAGCUUUUGCCGAGAAAAUGCUGGGUCAUAAACUCAUAACAAAACAAACAGGAAAAGCUGGAAAAAUAUGCAAUGCGGUUUACAUUGUCGAACGUAAGUUUGUUCGUCGUGAGUACUACUUUGCCAUUCUUCAGGACCGGAAGACUCAGGGACCGGUUAUUGUCGCCUCAUCUCAAGGUGGUGUUGAUAUUGAGAGUGUGGCUGCUGAAAACCCGGAGGCAAUUGAGACCUUGCCUGUUAAUAUCGAUGUUGGGUUGACUAAAGAAGAUGCUAUAUCCCUCGCCAAAAAGCUUGGAUUUUCUUCAAGGAUCCUUGAUGAUGCUGUUGACACUAUACAAAAGUUGUACAAACUUUUUAUAGAGAAGGAUUGUACACAGGUGGAAAUUAAUCCAUUAGCCGAAUCCAUUGAAUACGAAGUACUCUGCAUGGAUGCGAAACUUAAUUUUGACGACAACGCAGAUUUUCGCCAAAAGGAUGUAUUCGCUUUACGUGAUACCACUCAGGAAGACCCCCGUGAGGUCAAAGCAUCAAAUUAUCACUUGAAUUAUAUUGGCUUGGAUGGUCAAAUUGGAUGUUUGGUGAAUGGUGCCGGUUUAGCGAUGUCGACUAUGGAUAUCAUUAAGCUUCAUGGUGGCGAACCUGCCAAUUUCUUGGAUGUUGGUGGUGGUGCUACUGCCGAACAGGUUACGGAAGCAUUUAAAAUCAUCUCUUCGGAUCCUCAAGUGACGGCUAUCUUGGUUAACAUCUUUGGAGGUAUCAUGCGUUGUGACAUCAUCGCACAGGGCAUCAUUCAAGCAGCCACACACUUGUCAUUGAAGAUACCAGUGAUCGUGCGGUUGCAAGGCACUGAGGUUGAAGCAGCCAGGAAACUCAUAGCAGAUUCCGGACUGCGUAUAAUUUCUGUCGAUGAUCUCGAUGAUGCAGCUUCAAAAUCUGUACAAUUGUCAAAGAUUGUUCAACUUGCGCGUCAAGCAAACAUUAAUGUUAAUUUCGAAUCACCCAUAUAA